CAGAACAUGUGUGUGCAGCUCUCAAAGCAACUGAAUCCUCACGCCGAUGAAUGGCGGCCGAGCCCUCCACUUCCCCACGCUCCGCCGCCGCAAUAUUAUGUCACCUUCCCUACCCACUUCUACCUACAAAACCUCACCAUUUCUCAUCAUCAACAACAACACACGCCCAAAAAGGCUCUAAAGAAAUGUCUCCCCCCUCGCCUCCUUAAGGCUAAGGCUAAGACACCACCACCGCCUCCGCCUCCGCCUCCGAAGCUUAAAUGGAGGCGAAAGAACCCGCCACCACCGGCCACUUCCCCUGCCGCCGAUUCCUCAGCAAAAACGACUCUUAUGAUCAAGAACAUUCCAAAUCAACUGAGGAGAAGUUUUAUGCUGAAAUUCCUUGAUGGCUGCUGUAAAACUCAUUCUGUUGCAUAUGAUUUCUUCUACCUCCCCUUUGAUUUCAGCAAGCUGGGAAACUUGGGUUAUGCUUUCGUCAAUUUCACAAAUGCGGCUGCGGCGGUGAAAAUGAAGAAGGUUCUCUCCGGCUUCAAAUGGAGGGAGUAUUACACCGAAGAUGGUGAAUCUGUGUGUAGCCACAAAGUUUGUGAGAUCAAGUGGGCUAGGGUUCAGGGGAAAGAAGCGCUGAUUAGAAGGUUCGAGAAGUCGACCUUCGUCUGCAACGAUAAGGAGUUUUUGCCGGUGGUUCUGGAGCCGCCGCACGAUGGAUCGGACCGGAAACCGGCGGUGCCGGUGAAUGUGGGCAGAAUCUGCCGCCGAUCUUCUUAAAAUGUUGUUACACUAUUAGAAUGGCAGUGUUUUCAAUGUCUCCCUAGCA